UUAGUUGAAUAUUUUCCAUGAUGACUUUUAUUACUCGAGCGAGCUCCGAUAGGGAUAGAGAGAAUAUACGGCGUAUCUUAGUUAGUUUGUUCGACUUUGUUGGUGUAUGCUGUCCUGCCAAGCAAAUCUCAUCCCGAUUCCUAGCGGCCCUCCGAACACCCAGCUCGACACUUUUCUGUUGAGCGACAUCUUCCAUCCUCACAACUCUCCAUCGUCAACUUCAACCACCACUCACCCUCCUCCUCCGAGCUUGCGCGAGCUGCAUCUCCCCCAUCUCUCCGCUCGCCGUCCUCAGUACUCUCUUCUGCCUCGUCUCCCCGCCGCUUGCGCUGGGUCGAAUUUUCAGUACACUCCUUCGGCAUCCCGACAUAAUGCCUGCUACAACAUCACUCCUGGCCCGGGCCGGAGGUCAAUUGAGCUUGAGGGGCUCAAUUGCUCUGCGUGGAAGCAACGCUGCCUACAGGUCCUCAGAUUUCGCCGUUCGACGCGCACCGGCACUAUCCGCCCUCGCAAGAUACUAUGCCUCAAAAUCUUUCCCCUCCCACACCGUCGUCAGCAUGCCCGCCCUAUCGCCCACCAUGACCUCCGGAAACAUUGGAACAUGGCAGAAGAAGGUCGGCGACUCGAUAGCUCCCGGCGACGUGCUCGUCGAGAUCGAGACCGACAAGGCACAGAUGGACUUUGAGUUCCAGGAGGAGGGUACGAUCGCCAAGAUCUUGAAGAGCUCUGGCGAGAAGGACGUCCCUGUCGGAAGCCCCAUCGCUGUUCUCGUCGAGGAGGGCGAGGACGUCUCUGCCUUUGAGUCUUUCACCGUCGAGGACGCUGGUGGUGAUAAGUCUGCCGCCCCGGCGCCCAAGGAGGGUGAAGCCUCUGAGGCCAGCGAGGCCCCGAAGUCUGCUCCCCCGGCCAAGGAGGAGGCACCAUCUGCCAUCGAGUCCGAUUCGACUGGCGCCAGGUUGGAGCUCUCUCUCGACCGCCAGACCGCUUCCCCCGCCGUGAAGAGGCUCGCUCUCGAGAAGGGCGUUGCUCUCUCCGCCAUCAAGGGCUCCGGCCCCGGUGGAAAGAUCACCAAGGAGGACGUCGAGAAGGCCCAAUCGUCCGGUGCAGCUCCCGCCGGCGCCGCUGCUGGCGCCCCUACCUACGAGGACACGGAGGCCACCAGCAUGCGCAAGGUCAUCGCCAAGCGCCUCACCGAGAGCAUGCAGCAGAACCCCCACUACUUCGUCGCGUCCAACAUCUCCGUGUCCAAGCUCCUCAAGCUCCGCGAGGCGCUCAACGCGUCCUCCAAGGGCGAGUACAAGCUCUCGGUCAACGACUUCCUCGUCAAGGCUCUCGCCGUUGCCGCCCGCAAGGUCCCCGCCGCCAACUCAUCAUGGCGUGAGGAGAACGGCAAGGUCAUCAUCCGCCAGCACAACGUCGUCGACGUGUCCGUGGCCGUCGCCACUCCCGUCGGCCUCAUGACCCCUAUCGUCAAGAACGUCAACGGCCUCGGCCUCUCCAGCAUCUCGUCGACGAUCAAGGAUCUCGGCAAGCGCGCGCGGGACGGCAAGCUCAAGCCCGAGGAGUACCAGGGCGGAACCAUCACCAUCUCCAACAUGGGCAUGAACGCCGCCGUCGAGCGCUUCACCGCCGUCAUCAACCCUCCCCAGGCCGUCAUCGUCGCCAUCGGCACCACCCAGAAGGUCGCCGUGCCCGGCGAGCUCACCGAGGACGGCACCCCAAGCAUCGAGUGGGACGACCAGAUCGUCAUCACCGGCUCCUUCGACCACAAGGUCGUGGACGGAGCCGUCGGCGGCGAGUUCAUGAAGGAGCUCAAGAAGGUCAUCGAGAACCCAUUGGAGUUCCUCCUAUAGAAGAAGAAGAUGAACGUCUUUCUUAUUUUUCAAACCUUGUCUCAUCAUAUCCCCACCCUAACUAAAUCUUUUCCCCCCAAAACUCUUCUCUCUCUCUCCUCCCGAAAUCUUCUCCAACCCCUACCCGAAUUGGGCUAGCUAUGUAUUAGGAUGUGAUAUCGACGUGUAAUUGUCUCUGGCUAUGCUGUCUCCCCACCGCGUGUGUCUUGUUCUUGUCUCUGCGUGUUACUCAUCUAGACAAACCCCAUAUCCUCUCUAAAUCCCUUAACCUCGAAGCAAGAAAAAGGACGACGACCUCCCAAUCGUCUUGGACCUAGCUUCUCCUUCUCUCUUUCUCUUCACGGGGGAACAUUGGACGCCAGGAGGGGAGCGGAGGGGCAUAGACGAAGGACGGGAAGAGGGAAGGAAGGAAAGGGGGGGAAAUCUUCUGUACAAUGAAAUGCUAUUCUUCCUUUUUUCCAA